GGCAAGCUUAACCUGCCUUUAAAACUCAAAAACGACUCCCUAGUCCUAGUAAACGAGGUCUGUCAGUUUGAUUUGCUUCACACUUUAAGCCCUGAAAUCAUAAAGAACAAACAUGAGCUUAAAAAUUGGCGGGACGAUAGAAAAGGUGAACGGAAAAGAACUUUUCUACUCUGAAUUUGCUGAGAAAUACUUGGCGGGAAACCAACCUGUGCUGUUAACUGGUUUGAUGGAUGAUUGGAUAGCUUCCAAACACUGGGUUUCCUCCAAUGGCCAGCCUAACAUCAUUUUCUUUCCUACCCAUUUUGGGAAAUCCAAAGUUCAGGUAGCAGAUUGUGAUACAAGGGAGUUUACCGAUCAGAAAAGGAUAGAGAUGUCUGUUUCGGAGUUUGUUAAUCACUGGCUUCAGGGUUCUAAGGAGAAUCAUGAUGUUAAUGGGAAGUCCGUUCUAUAUUUGAAGGAUUGGCAUUUUGUGAAGGAGUAUCCAGAAUAUCAAGCAUAUAUAACUCCUCUUUUUUUUACUGAUGAUUGGCUGAAUCUUUAUCUUGACAAUUAUCACAUGCAUGACGAUCUGGAUGCUGAUCGAGUGAGUAAUGAUAUAAGUUGCUCUGACUAUCGCUUUGUGUAUAUGGGAGCAAAAGGUUCGAGAUCCUGGACACCUCUUCAUGCUGAUGUUUUCAGAUCAUAUAGUUGGUCGGCAAAUGUGUGCGGCAAGAAAAAGUGGCUUUUUCUGCCUCCUCAGCAAUUUAAUCUUUUGUUUGACAGGAACAUGAAAAACACCGUGUAUAAUAUCUUUGAUGAUAUUAGUGAAACUGAAUUUCCUGGUUUUAAGAAGGCUAUCUGGCUGGAAUGCAUACAGGAGCAGAACGAAAUUAUCUUUGUGCCUAGUGGAUGGUACCAUCAAGUCCAUAAUCUGGAGGACACAAUAUCAAUAAACCACAACUGGUUCAAUGGCUACAAUCUUUCUUGGGUGUGGGAUCUAUUAUUAAGAGACUACAAGGAGGCCAAGGAGUACAUAGAGGAUAUCAAAGAUAUCUGUGAUGAUUUUGAAGGGCUCUGUCAACGCAAUCUUGCAGCAAAUACAGGAAUGAAUUUUAAUGACUUCUUCAUCUUCAUAUCACGCUUUUCGCUGGCCAAUGUGGUGGAACUGUAUUAUCUACGUGGUGAAUUGAACUCCGAAAAUUCAAUCUGGCAUUGCUCUGCUAUAAUAGAACAUUUUGCUCUGAACCUUUCAUCUAUAAGGAAAACAGCAUUGAAGAUGAAAUCUGAAGGCGUGAAAGGAAAUCUCGGUAUCAUAAAUUUGUUGGAAACUCUAAGCGAUCCCAAGUUUCUUAAACUAUGCACUGGUUUAGGCAGAAUAUAUUCAGUUAUCCGCGAGGAAGAGAACUGGAGCUGUACUAUGAAGAAAGCUUUGAUGGCUGAUUUUGCUAAGUAUGGAUCUCAAGUUUGUAGUCCCGAAGAUCUCAUUACAUUUAUAGACUAUGCCGUUUCGAAACUUAGUAGCAACUGCGAUGAGCAAAACCCUCUUCUGUCAGUAUUAUACGAAAUCCAGCCACAUGAACAAAAUUAGCACUUUUAACAGUUAUUUUUCCAUCUAUAUUAUGUUGUGUUUACUUCA